AUGUCCACAGCAACGCCGAGACCCAGGAACGGCGACGUGAACGCACGGGCCUUGCGCGAUGAACGACCAGACUCCAUGAUUCGCAGAUCGUGGCACGCAAUGACCGACAUUCUGUCGCCCUUUUCCUCCUCAGCGCUCGCUUCGCUUCCCCGCCUCCGACGCCCCGUGCGCUACCACCGCGCCGACGGGAUCCCAGAGACCGAACAAGACGACAACGGGCAGUGGCCCACGGUGCAGGACUACCACGCCAUCAGCAGCGCCCCGAAAGUACGAGUGCCGAAGAAAGUGCCGACUCCUGUCAAGGUCGAAGCCAAGGUCUGGUUUGCGAAUGAACGAACGUGGGUGGGGUGGCUGGACCUUUCGAUAGUGAUAGGAACACUCGCGUUGGCGCUGCUCAAUGCGUCUAAAGACCCAGUAGCGCGCAAUUUUGCGUAUGUGUAUGCACUCAUCAGUGUCGGCGUUCUGAUCUACGGAUACUCGCUGUACCAGCACCGUAUCUCCAUGAUACGGCGACGGGAUCCAGGGCAUUUUGACAUGAUCGCUGGGCCCGUGGUGGUGAGCCUGCUUCUGUUCUUCGCGGUUCUAGCCAAUUUUGUCAUCCGUGGUUACGCAAACGUUGAACGUGCCGGGAUGAGUGUCAGAAACGAAACGUUGCACUACGAGAUUUGA